AUGGUCAUCCCUCCAAGUCAGGACCUCCCCACAGUGGAGUGGUCCAGGGAAGGUGUAUCUCCAAACACGGUCUUUGUCUACCGGGAUGGCUGUGAGACUUUGGAAGCAAAGAAUCCUGACUUCCGGUACAGAACAAGCCUCAUCAUGAACGAGCUGCCGAAUGGAAACCUCUCUCUGAGGGUGUCCAACCUCCAGCUGUCUGAUAAGGGGACUUACUGGUGCAAGAUCGUGCGAGGACAACAACCGGAGGUCCUUGCAAAGCUGGAACUAGACGUGGUUGCAGUGUCCGAGCCGAAGCUGACUGCGGUUCCAGAUGUCACUGGUUAUCUAACUGUCCAGUGUGGGGUGGAGGGCUGGCUCGCGGAGCCUGAAAUUACAUUUCUCGAUGACCAGGGGAACGACAUACAUGCCGAAAAGCCUGAACGAACUGCACCCAACAUCAGCAGGAAAGCGAAGAUACAGACGGCCACCAACAGGUCUGGAUUCCCUGUCCUACCCUGGCCCCCGAGGGCCCCUCCUUUUAAAUAAUCGUGAUUUAAUUGUUGACCAAAAUAAUCCCA